CGGUUAUUUUUCGCUGUAUGGACAUCCAUUUCGCAAUUUCCAUGAUUCGUUUGCCCUAGCAGAAAAUCAGUCUCUUCUUCUACAUCGAAAUCUUGUAGAGGAUAUUCCAUGCCAGGUCCAUAUCCAACAAUGCUAGACUGUUGACGACAUAUUCGCGUUUAGUAACCCUGCACUAUUGUUGAUUGUUUCUGCACAACAAAAUUGCCUAAUUAAAGAGUUUUUUCUGUCCCAUUUGGUAAAGGACAAGUACUUGUCUCUGGUAAAGAAAUUGUUUUUUUCUCAACUAAACUCAAGUGUCAAAACUAACCAACACAACACUCACAAGGAGGAAUUUUUUGUUGGCCACACUGGGCAUUGAAAGGUGUCGACAAACACCGGCUAAUUUUGACAGCCUGUUUUAGAUCUCCUAAAAUCUUCUUUGGUAACAUUUGCUCUGGAAAUUCUAGACUAAAAAACCAUGGCCAAGUCAAAGAACCACACGAACCACAACCAAAACCGCAAAGCCCACAGGAAUGGCAUCAAGAAACCCAAGAGAUUCUUGCACGAAUCUACCUUAGGUAUGGACGCUAAAUUCUUGAAGAACCAACGCUUUUCAAAAAGGCACAAUUUGAGCACCAAAAAGCAGCUGGCUGUAGCUGCACAGAGGAAAGCGAACCGUGAAGCCAAGAGCGCCAAGUAAAAUGUGUUUAGGUUACGGUUUUAAUAAAUAGAAAUUAACGAAAAACAAA